CACGACCAGUUUGGUGGAGACUUUCAAGAUGGAGGUUACCCCUCGAUGGGUUUCUGUUUCUAUUUCGAUAAGGUACUGUUGACGCGCGGACCACCCCUGUGUGAAGACCGAGGAUCUGUCCUCGUUAAAAGGACGUUUUGCCCGAUAUGAGUGGAUUUAAGUGGAUGUUUUUCUUUCUCUGCGUUCAGGCUGGUGCUUAUUUUCUGUAACUUCCUGGUUGUCGCAUUAACAUGUCAGUGGAAAUUGCGGCGAAGGCUCAAGUUACUUUAAAAGGCUUCCCGGACGCAGGACUCAUGGGACUUCAUAUGUCGUCUGCAAUGUUUAACGACAGAGACAACUGUUUUCAACGAAGGCCGAAGGGAGAACGACAGAUUUCAUAAGUAGUCAGCAAUGGAAAGUGGGAAUGGUGGAACCUCGAGUAAAGGUGUUUUAGUACCUGUCUCAGAAGGAUGUGACGUCUUUCAAAGCAGUAUUUUGACUCCACUUAAAAGUGCGUAUUUGUACGAGGAGUCAAAACAGUCUUUCAGGUACACGUCUGCUGUCUUGGUACAAAAUCCAGCACUUGAAGAAAAGUAUAAUGCUUUCCGAGAAAAGAGAAGAGAAGUAGGUUAUUCAGAGGAGGAUCUGAAGGAAUCUUAUGGGUUUUUGCUGUUUGAAGAUACCAACCAGGCAAAUGCACUAAGUGAAACUGGUGUGCUCCCUGGGAACAGCACAUGUACAACUCUUGGAGAUCCCUCGAAAGGUGUGUACAUAUCAAUGUACUCUGACUGUCUGGAUCUUAACCGCUGGUACCAUGGGAAGUCUGGCUACAUUGCAAUCAUCAGGCUGACAAAGGGUAGAGUUAAAAGGGUUUUAGAGAACUACACCCAGAAAUUCACUGCGCCCACUGUGGAGUUUGACUGUCAUAUGUCCGAACAGUUGCCUUCAGUAUCUUCCAAAACCAGCUCUUUUCUUGCCUUUGAGAGAACUCAGUAUUACAUGUAUGAGCUGCUAGAUGAUGGAAGAAAUGUGUCGACUCAAUCUCCCAGUGCUGCCUGUCCUAUUGCCAUUGUAUCAUUCUCAUAUACGGAUACUAAAGCAACACUCGAAGCACCACAGGAGAAAAGUGUGGAGAAAAAACUCUUUUGUCAAUACUUUCCGUGGAGGGGUCAGCUUAAAAUAGGCCCUCAGGUCUAUGAGGUUGGGCUGCAAUCUUCAGCAGGGGCCUUGAUCCCUGCCGUACUGCCACCCGUUGUUGAAAUAAGCAGAGCCAUUUCCAUGUUGAACCUGCAACAGCUACUGCCAAGGGCGGUCUUUGAAACCUGCUUUACUGGAGAAGUCUUUCUGAAUGGCUUAUACUUCAGUCUGUGUGAGUUGGUGUCUUCUGAGGUUGAGGGGAACCACUCUCUCUCUUUACUUCUGCGGGAGAUCAAGGAGAAAGAUCUUGCUCUCACUAUUCAGCUGAAUGAUGGUGGUUUUCUCAUCCUGUUGGACUCCUCACAUUUCCUCAAAUAUGAUGAUACUGGGUCCAGUGCUACUGAUGUCCUGCAAGGCAUGUUUGUGUUUCCAAACUCACAAGUCAUACAGAGAGACACUAAAUUUCGAGAGCGAAAGGUUGCCUUGUCAUCCGAAAUCCUGAAGAUUCUACCGGUGCUAAGUUAUGCAGAGGCCGAAGUUGAGAAAACACCUUUCGACCAAAGUGAAGAACUCUGUGAAGUGUUGAUGCAGCAUAUGCAGACUUAUGCAGCACUGAUAAAUCCUGGGUUGGCAUCAAGUCCCACAAGAGAAGUCAGCAUCUUUCCUGAUCAAUAUGAUGUGCCUGAGGCCCACAAGCACCUCUACUCUUCUCCGGAGUGGACUAACGAGGCAUGGCAGAGGUUUAGGUCAUACCUGAACAAACCAGACUCUUUUCAACUGCCAGUGUCCAAUGCUUCAGAAAUCCUGGCAGCUGGACAAGAGGAGAGAAUGGAAGACCUUGAUGAUGAUGUCUACAUCUGUCUGUCAUCUCCUGAGGAGCAACCAGCCAAACCUGAUAGCAUGGAGGAGUCAGAAGACCAGUUGACAGUCCAGAGAUCUCCUGUAAACGGUGAAACACCUGUGGACAGUUGUAUAACAAAUGCAGAAGUUGACUUCACAAGUGUGCCACAAAAUGUUGUACCAGGUGAUGUGCAAGUUGGAGAUGCAACCAAAGACACUGGCAAAUCCAAGCUGAGAGUGCUAAAUUUAACUAAUGACAUUGGGGCAAAAAAUCUCCUGAAUCCUUCUACAUCAGAUGACCUUCCUGCAGAGCUGAUUGUCAGCAUUACUUCGGCCGAGCAAACUAUCACUAAUGAGGGUUUAAUUGGGAUUGGUACUGUGUCUGCCACAAAGCUAAAUGACUUUCAGCUUUCUGGUUUUUCAACAGCCAAAUUACAAACGGAAGAAGUGAACUGUCUGAAGGAGGAGAAUAUUGCACCCAAAAAGUUUUGGGAUUGCCCUAAAUUCACAAAAAACAAACGGAGGGGACGCAGGGGACAUUACAAGAGUCGGAAAAAGGUAUCUAAAGCUUGCGUUGAAACUCCCACUUUACAAAUGCCAGUAAAGGAUGACGACUUAAAGAGUCGGAAGGCAUUCCGGGCAAAGAAAUCUUCAGGCCACCCGAAGUUCAGUCGUCCUUCAAAUGUUGAUCGGAGGAAAGUACAAAUGCGAACGUGCAAAUUUAGACAACUAUCAAUAAAUAAAAAGGUAAACUCGGCUUCUGUUGGAUUAGCAGUACCAGGCGAGGAAGAAACAGACCCUGGACAGCAGAGCUUCGAAAGCACUAUUUUGAUGGACGUUGAAGCUUAUCCUCUGAGAAGGAAAACGGAGCGCUGGGACUUAAAGCCGGUCAUCAGUGAAUGUGGAAGAAUAUUGGUUCCUCAUGGCACUGUAGAUUUUGCUGAUCAGAUUAAGUUUUUAAAGGAUAAACUUCAAUCUACAAAAGAUGAACAGUGUCUUGAAAAAAUGUUGCUUGAUACCUUUGUGAAUGACUCGGAUGAAAUGGUGCAAGAGUCCGAUCCUACUCUGGGGACAACAGUGGGCAAAACAGAGGCCACCACAUUCAACAAUGGAGGGAACCAUCUUCGACAUGGUGUCAACGAUGUUAUUUCUGAACACAGUAUUUUAGUACGUUCAGAUGAUGGCACAGUUUCAUUGACUUUGAAUUCAGAGAGUAAGAAGCAUUUUUCAAGGACUGAUGGCACAGCAACUCCUCCCUCGGAAGCAGUUAAAGAAAAACACACUGAUACCCUCUCCCCGGGAAAGAUUGUAACAAAGGGCGAAUAUCUGUUGAGUAAAUUGAAAUCAGUUCUUCUACGAGGAAAGAGAAAAACGGAUCUCCUCGUCUUAGAGGAAACGACUGCAGAUGCUGCCCAAGACACUGAGCCCUGUCUCAAGAUGGGCAAAGUUGACUUACAAGCUGGGAACCUGAAGAGUAAUUGUGCAAUUACAAGUGUCCAGGAUACCAAUGAGUGUGUCAAGGAAGUUUCAAAGAUGCUCUCAGUUGACCCUAUUUUUGCAUAUGCAUUAGGUCUGACCCCGAGAGAGACAGUAGUUCAGAUACAGAGAACUGAGGGUCGAGAUACUCAACAAGAGCAAACUAUUUUCGAAAAACAACUUCAAGUCAUACAGAGGCCUCCACCAAUCUUUCCGCGAAAAGGAAGGAUUAAAACGCUCAAAAAGCAUCAAGGCAUCUCUACGGAAUAUGUUAAACAGAAAUGGUGGUUACAUUUUCAAACCCCAACUUGUAUUGCAGGUGAAAAAUUCAAAGAGUGUACUAGGGAUAAUUCUGUCAGGAAGACUGUUAAGGAACAAAUUAACAGUGCUUGCUCAUCUACAGAUGCUUUGAGCUUACUUGCUGACUUGGCACUCAGUGCCAAUAAUGACCAGGUUCCACCACAACCAGACCCAGCACUUGAAAGAAAAACUGAGACAAGUUUGAAGAAAUGUGAACUUUCAAAAGAUCAUACCAAUGCUGAGCAAGAGUCAGUUCUUCAUUCUCUGCUUAGACAGCCUGCUGCUAGACCCAUGCAGCCUCUUGAGUCUACUUCACCAAACCAUCUUGUGGAAGGCAGUGAAUGGGUUGGUUUGGUAUCUAAAGAACAUGCUUACUCAUUGCCCCCGUCUUCCUCUCUACUGUUGGGUUUGCCAGGUACACCUUUCCAGGUAUCCCCUUUAAGUGGUUCUACUAGACUGCUGCGCCAUCACCAGACAAUGUAUGGCAAUGGAAUUAAAACACUACCUACCUCUGUCGGACAGGAAGACGGGAGUGAACAAAACCACAGAACUCCAGAAUACCUGAAAAAACACAUGGUGCGCAGAAGGAAGUUCAGACACUCCCGCACCGUUGCUCACAAGGACGGAUCUAUCCAAGUCACAAAGCAAUGGAAAGCAGACUAUGACUUUGAUCUGGACAGCAAGUUUUCAAAUGACUCCAAGGAUAGAACUAUCGUCCGAGCUUUACAUGGCUCUUGGGAUUUCUCCAUGCAAGACACCAGUGAAGAGGUGCGGCUCAUUGUCCACAUGUGGAUAGGUCUGUUCUACAGCCGGUCAACAUCCAGGUUCUUUAAUGUUGACUCAUCCGCAUAUCCAGAAGAGAGUGAUUCUUUGUCAAUUGGAACGGUAUCUGCUCCAGCUCAGUUUGAGCUCAAGGCCAAUUCAUUUGCACAUUCCCCAAGUAUUACAGACACUUCGAUUUCCAAAGUUUUGGACUUCAGCAAAAAAGAAGACUCUCUGUUGGACCAAGAAUCUGGGAUUUUGGAUUUAUCACUAAGAAACACCAAUGCAGAGAUUGUCAGGCUGGAUCCACGAGCAAACAGAAAAGAGACUUCUGCGUCCAUUGAUCGGAAAGAAGCAAGUGAAACAUUAAACGCACUCGAGUCAUCUGUGGGACCACAGGAGGCAAUCGCAAUACAGCAUUCCAAACAGAUGGUACACUCCACAGAGAUCAUAAAUGAGGUGAAUGAUGUCAGAACUGCCUAUGAAAAGAAGACGUCUUUUACCGCAUUGGAAAAAGCUGGGAGUCUGGAGCAUACCGAUCUCCCAUCUUGUAAAGGGGAUGAAACGCUCAUUUCUGUACGACAAGAAAUGGAAACGGUGUCCGUUCAGCCAGAAAAUAAUCAAACGGCUUCAGGAAUGAGUCAGGUGUUACAUGGAUACAACAAUAAGAAGACUGAUAGUAAUGAUGGGAUGGAAUUCAGAAUUUGGAAUUCAGAAUCGACAGAGAUGAGUUUAGCAAAAAAACAUGAAAGGGAUUCAUCCAAAUCUGGAAUGGACGAUGAGGUUGACUCCAACAGAGAAGCAGGUGAUGUGCUUCAUACAAAUGAGCACGAUGAAACUGAAUCCAAAGAUGGGGAAAACUGGAAAGUGAAAGAAAAGCCAUAUCAAGAAGGCAAUGUAGAACUGUCUCCAGAAGUGACUCAUGCAAAUGAGGAUCCAACAAACGAAGAAUUGGGUGUUGUGUGCAGUGGAAAUGUUUUGGAAAAUGAGAAGCAGUUGCCUACAGAGGAGCCAAAAGCAUUUUCACCAGACAAGGCUGAAAAUGGAAAUGAUGAUAUGGAAGUGAUGAAAGCUGAAGAUCACAUUGGAAAAGAAGAUGGACUUGAUGAGAAAGACAGUUGCGUUUCACCUCUGCAAACUGACAGGGAUUUAAAUGCUCAACCAGUACCUAUGAUGUGCGAUGGCCCAGACUCGGUAAAGAUGGAUUGCAUCACAGAGAGUCAUCCGAAACCACUAUUGGAUGAGCAACCACCUCAAGCUGACAACAAAGAAGAUGCCUGCCAUGCUUUGCAGUUAAGAAAGCUGUGUGCAAACGUCAAUGUGUUGACAAAUGAACUUGCCAUUUCAAAAAACUUUACUCAUCCUCCAUCAGAAAUGAAUCCUUUACCUGAAGAACCUGCAGUUGAGAAAAGUUUAGAACAAAAUAUUUGUUUGGCAGAUAACGUACAUUAUCAGAAGCCAGAAUUACCCAUGUCUGAUGACAACAAGUGCAAAGACGGGCCUAUUUCCCAGACAAAUGACAAAGCAAUGCCUAACUUCAAUUGGAGUGCUGAUGAUCAUGAAGAUCUGGAUACCAAAUCAAUUAAAGGAGACCAAGAAGCUGAUAACACAACUGAAAAAAAUGUAUUUCAUCAUCAGCCUCAUUCCCCGCAGUGUGAAGCUGAAGGGGAACUGACUAAAGAAACCAAUCUCAAACAGAUCGACAAAACAAAUGAGACAUUGGAAAAGAUCCAUAGUAUGGUUGUAAUUCCAUUUAUUGGAAUAGACGCCUCUGGGGAGGAUACCGUACAACCACAUGAUUCACAAAUGCAAAGUAAGGGUGAAAAAGUUGUCCAGGAAGAAAUACCAUUCAUCAGUGAAACUACCUCCAAUGAAACUGACCUACCUACGGGAGAAUGCAGAGAAUCAAAAAUGGACACUCAGAAGGCAAAACUGUCUAUUGGCAAAAUAUUACUAUCAGAUAUUGAUGCAAGUAAUACAAACCACUCUGGAACUGAGUCUGACAACCAAAGCACCACCCCUACUAUGGAUGAAAAACCAUAUGAGUACUUGGCUUGCUCUGCUUAUCCUCUGACUCAGAAACAUCUAAGCAGAAGCUCAACAUCCAUGAAGGAUGAGAUGCCUCACAGGUCUCCAGUUAACUGUGAUGCCAACCAUCAACCUGACCUUCAUCCUGAUCUUGAACUAAGAGCUCUGAGAGUUCUACAAAGUAUAGACAAGUUCCUUUCCAAAUCAAGGCACAGUGAUGCAUCCAGCGAGAUAGAAACCUCUGAUAUGAAACUCACUCUUGAUGAAUCCGUCAAACCCAGAAGCAAGAACGUCACAACUUGCUUUGCUCCAAGCCAUACCUCAUUUAACUCUAGUGACAAGAGAAUGAGCGAUACAGCACCAGCUUUGGUGUCAGCUUCUACCUCACAAGAAAUUAACACAGAAUCGGCAGAUCCCUUUCUUAUAUCCCCGUUCAAAAGUAAAUUAGAGGAAGUUCUUGGUGUUAAGUUGCUGCUACAAACUGACUCAUCAGUUGAAGACUAUUCUGAAAGAACAGAUACGAUACAGGAAACCUACCCAGGGCAAGAAUAUGAUCAACCCUACAUAUCUGGUCCCUCUACUGAGAGUUUACAGGCUAUCGACUCAAAUGUUGACCAAGAUAUACAUACAACUACAUCACAGAACAAUUUAAAUCAAGAAGCACGGUCUUACAGUCAGCGUCCUGUCAUGGCAGUGAAACCAUGUCAGAGUGAUGAAAAUCAAGGAAUCUCUAAAGAGAGACAAAUUGAAAACGCUGUAAUGUCACAUUUCUCCAAAAAUAAGCAGACUGAAAACCCCAAAGUCACAUACACCAUACCCACUACCUUGCUCUUGGUGAGAAACACAGAAAGUCUCGAUAGAACUUCUGAAGGAGUAAAUGAGGUCGAACAAGAGGCCAGUGAGCUUUCUACAAAGAGCAGUUGGUUAUCAAAUGUUCGUGACAGUAAGUCACAAGACAUUUCAAAACUCAACCAAAUUCCAUCAUCUCUACCUGUGCAGUCUUUAAAAUCUGAAAAUGGUUCCUUAAUGUUCAAUGAUGGAAACCAAGGUUCAGUUGAGAAAAUUGGGCAAACAAUUAAAAAGAGCAUCCAGAUGAUUCAGAAAGACUGCUCUGAUGCAUCAACUUCACAUGCAGAUCACCACGAUGGUGCCGUAAGAGACGACGGUCUUUUCCUGCAACCUCACAGCUCACUCAUUUGUACGGUCUAUAACACCACCCGGAAGAGAUCGUAUUCUUUUCUGGAGCAGGUUUCUCAGAGGUGCAUACAAGAUGACCUCACUGUGGCGUCGAUGGAGCAGGAGUGCCUUAUCUUCUCAGACAAAAUGAAGCAUCUUCUGAAAAGGAGUAAGAGCGGACCCAUCGGUCAACUAGACACGUCUGACAAACUGGAUUUGUCUUGCGCCAGUCCUGUAACUGUGCACUUUUGCAGUUUAGAGGAGCAGGAGGAUUCAGUGGAUCACUUGAACGCACAUUUGAACACACAGCCACGUGUUGGACAGAAAAUCAAGGUGGACAUGUCCGAGAGGAAAGACCUGACGGAGAAGGAAAAGACUUUGCGCCUUCAAAACAUUUCUCCGGGAACAGGGGACCCAGUGGAACAUCCUGGAGUUUCUGGAGUGACUUCAGAGUGUGCCAGGCUGUACAAGGCAAUGAUGACUGAGGCGUGUGCUGCCAAAAAGGUGCCAUCCAAACCUCAGAGCUUCACAAUGGAUAGAGGUCACCCAAAGACUGAAACUGGCAACCAUUUUGACUUCUAUGAUGAAAUGAAGAAAGAGCUGGAUAAAAGUUUUCGCAGUAAUCUGAAUUCAGUUGUGAAGAAUUCCUGUAAAACAAAGUCCAGAUUCUACAUAUUAGUGACGUCAGAUGAUGCCUUCUUUGAGGAAACCAAGGCACAGUUGGAGGCCGAGGGCCACACUGCUGUACAGCCAUCCCAGUUCUUCCUUACUGAGGAAAGUUCUUCAUCUCUACUCAUCAUCCUCAGGAAUGAAGACAUUGCAGAGCACAUUUGUGAGGUCCCACAUUUGCUGAAGCUGAAGACGUCACCAGGUGUGCAGUUUGCUGGAAUUGACGAACCGGAUGAUGUUGUGAACCUCACCCACCAGGAGCUCUUCAAGAGGGGUGGCUUCCUCAUGUUCCACAGGGCAGCGCUGGAGCCCCUCAGCCUUUGCAACUUGAAAAAAAUGUCAGAAAUCUUGCAAGAGCUCAGCGGAACGGGGAAGUGGAAAUGGAUGAUGCACUACGGAGACAGCCGGCGGCUGAAAGAAAAUGCGAGGUUAAGUGUCGAGGCGAAGGAGAAGAAACACUUCCUCAACUUUUGCCAAGAAGCUGGACUAUUGGAGGUCUUGCCUUAUCAUGAGUGUGACCUCAUGUCAAGAGAUCUGCCCGACUAUCUCACGUGUUUGGUCCGUUUGCAGGUCCAGAAUAUAUCGGCCCGUUACCCUGUUUUUAUAACCGAUGCAGCAGCAGACAGCGCAUUUGGAAAGAAUGGAAUUUUGACGAUGACUUUCCAAUCUUUCCUGACGUAUUCUCCAAGCGAAACAUGAACAGCCUGAGCUGCACAAAGCCAGAUAACACUCAAGCUCUGCAACUGACCAACUCACUGGAUGUGAGAAGAAACCUUAAACCUGCCAUUGUAUGGUGAUUUCAAACAUACUACAUUGUAUGUAGCAAUAAUUGUUGACUUGUUUUGUUUCAUGUGUCCUCUAAGUUAUCAUUUUGUUCAUGGAUAUGACACAAAUGUCAAUAUACAGGCAGAUGUACUGUAUAUAAUGUAUGCGUUUUGUAAUAUAUUUUGUAUUGGUUUUUUUACAGUUUAUAUUUGGUGUUCUUUUCAAUCUUGACUUCUUACAUUUGCAGCACAAUCAUUAUUACUGUAAAAACACUUUGACAAAAAUGCUAAAUCAGGCUGUUUUCAAAUGUAUGUUUUAUAUAUUUUAUUAUACUGUUAACUGUUUCAGGUUCCUGUUAGUGACCCUUAACUACAGUGUUGAUAAGGAGCACCAUUACUAAGAAAUAAAUAUUUAUAUUUCAUGACUCAAUUUGACUGAAAAUAAAGAUGUUUCUUUAA